AUGUUCGCGAGCAGGCCGGUGGUGCACCCGCUGGAGGUGGCGGCGCCCGCGGAUCCGGUGCAGCCGGCGCCGGGCGUGCUGAUGAAGGACCUGCCCGGGAUGCCGGGGACGCCCGGCGGCCUCGGCCUCCGCGUCCUGCAGCUCCUCUUCGCAGCCAUCUCGCUCGCCGCCAUGUCCUCCACCGUCGACUUCGCCAGCGUCUCCGCCUUCAGGUACGCCAGCUCUCAUCUUCAUUCCCCGUCUCUCUUCCGUUCGACUUAG